AUGAUGAUGAGAUCUGAUUCUAUUAUGAUGAAAAUGAUAAUGAUGCUGUGCAUUUGGGCCGUGAUGGCUGCGGCGGAAGUUCAAGUUCCUAGGGUCUUCAAGGUUGGAGACGAGUUCGGGUGGAGAGUUCCACUCAACAAUGAUACGGCGGUUUACAACCACUGGGCGAGCAGCAACCGAUUCCACAUCGGUGAUUCCCUCUCGUUUGUGUACGACAAGGACUCGGUGAUGGAGGUGGACAAAUGGGGUUUCUACCACUGCAACGCCAGCGACCCCAUCACAGCCUUUGACAAUGGAAACAGCACAAUGAACCUUGAUCGUCCUGGUCUUUUCUUCUUCAUCAGCGGCUCUAACGGCCACUGCACCAACGGCCAGCGACUCAUCGUCGAAGUGAUGCAUAUCCACCAUGAGCACCAACCCGAUGGUUCCAUGCCUCCAUCCAUGUCGCCUCUCUCUGCCUCUCCCUCCGCCUCAGCCACUCCAACCCCCUCUGCUGCCUCCACCUCCCUGCUCGCCUCUCUCUCGCCUCCCUUUGCUGCUUUUCUUCUUGCUCUUUUCUGCUUCCUUUCUUAG